AUGGCUGACCAUCCGUUUCAGAUCAUUGAACUGGAAAUGACAACAUUUGCUUCACUAGAACGAUUCACGUGCAUUCUGUAUGAUAAGACCACCAACCAGAGCAGCGUAAAUGACUUAAGACAAGAGCUCUUCUCACAAUCAACACAUGCAAUGGAGAGUCUACCUCCAACCCAGGCUGCAUUACUGCAACAUAAUUUGCUUCUUCUAAAAUAUCUAGACGGAACUUGCCCAUCCAGUGAAUUUGAGUGUGCAGAUGGCCGAUGUAUUCCACAACACUGGAUGUGUGAUAAAACACCUGACUGUUACGAUGGAGCAGAUGAGAAAAACUGCACGGCUUGUUCAGCAGAAACGACUAUCUGCCAGAACAAUGGUAAAUUGCGACGGUUUGCGAGAGAGACUGGUCAGUGCUGUGAUUGUCCACCGGGGCUUACUGGACCUUAUUGUCAAUAUUGCGACCCGUCAAAAGUUGUGUGCUACAACAAUGGGACUCUAAUAUUACAACUGCGGGAUGGCAACUGUCAAUGCCAAUGUACCCCUGGAUACACCGGUCACCAUUGCAUUCAAACAACUGAAACUGGAAAUAGCACAGACAAAAGUCGAACCAUGGAGUUUCCAGAAUCGGAAAAAUGUCUUACGGACCCCGUUGAUAUCACACUUAUUGUAGAUGGGGACAUAACGGAAAGGCAGGGAAUAUUGCACACUAUAUAUAAUCUGCUACCUUACUUCGGCAACAAAAGAGUUGGGCUUUUAUCUUUUAACACUAAUAAGGUUAUCCAAAUAGAUAACAAAAUGUAUACAACUCGUUCAGCGUUUACCAAUUCGUUACACAUGGUCAUAUUUGUAGAUGGUAAUUUCAGCUUAGCAGACGCUCUCAUUGAAACCCUAACUACACAAAUGACACUGGCCAAUGGAAGGAGAAUCAAUGGUCUAGGCAUUGUUAUAGUUAUAGUCGCCACAUUAUCAGAAAAAGAAGUUGAUUUGGCGGCCAGCAAAGCUGAAGACCUUCGUGAAGAUGGCAUCUACGUCGUUGCCGUAUCAUUACAUAAUGGUACAGAUUAUACAAAGAUUACUGGCAGUGAAGAAACCGUGUUUAAAUUUGGAAUGCAAGGCGAUAACACUUUAUCAUCAUUUGGACAACAAUUUGCACUUUUAAUUUGUAAAGCUUGUGAUUCGUCGUGGACCUACUACGAAGGGAAUUGCUACAGACUAUAUACAGCAGAUGAGGGGAAGUCGUCCAUCAAGUACGGCUACAGUGGAAUCCACUGGAUGAAUGCAGGAAAGAAGUGUGCAGAACACGGCAGUCACCUCGUAUCAAUCAAUGAUGCAAUGGAAGAGAAUUUUGUGUUACAUCAUGUCAUAAAGAUAACAGGACAAAUCCAUAUAGGGCUAAAGCGAUCUGACAACACUUUCUCGAAACAAUAUCAAGGCAUGUAUAGGUGGACUGAUGGAAAACCACCCACGUUUCUGAAAUGGAAGGCGAUAGAUCCACAGACAAAACAGCCUGACGGUGCUGCAGUUGAGUCCUGCGUGACAUGGACAACCUACGGUAAUGUGUCCUGGUGGGAGGACGUUGGGUGUGGAGACCCCAUUGCAAAAGGAUUCGUAUGUGAAACCAAAGCAAGAAACAAUACAGAACAAUUGGGCAGUCCAGUUGUUCGUGCGUCGACUCGUGUACUACCCAUAAAUGGACUCUUCAACUGCAGCAAUGGCGAAAUCAUCUGGAAAUCUAGAAAGUGUGACGGACAUCCUGACUGCUUUGACGGAAGUGAUGAACAGAGAUGUGGUUACCGUAGAUAUUAUUCUAUUUCUCUCUUAUUUUAUGAUGUGCUUAGAAAUACACGUAACACAGGACUUCUAGGUUCUGGUAGCCCCACUCCCAUGGCUAGUGAUUUUCAAUGUCGGGCUACUAAAUAACUACAAUUGACAUGCCCGACGGCUAGUCAAUUUGAGAGUCAAUUGUUGCAGUUAAGUCUAUUUUGUAAUUAUGAAUAUCCUUAAUAUUAUGAACAAACGUAAAUAGUAUUGGAGCAAAGAAAUGAACAUAGGAAAACAAACACAAAACAGCUUCUUUACAAAGAAAUUAGAUUUAUAUAUUUAUAGGAAA